AUCUGGCUGGUUGGUGAAAAAGCCAAAGACGUGGUAUUUCAUUUCUGUGAUGUUUGCGAUCUGCCUGUGGUGAUUUACGGGCGCUUGCUUCCAUGUAAACAUGUGCUCUGCUUCAACUGUGCUGCCAAACUUCCGAACAAAUGUAAUCGGUGUAACAAAACAGUGCACACUAUCGAACGUUGUCUUGUCGGUGGCAUUUUUAUGUGUUUCGAGAGUGACGGAUGCCGUCGUACUUACCUGAGUCAACGUGACCUACAGGCGCACAUUGAUCACAGACACAAAGGAAGCGCCACGGCACAGGCAGCCAAAGCAAAGAGUGAAAUUCAACCGACCGGUUCGGCAAUUCCUUCGGUUGUUUUGUCCAAAGUUAAACUGGACGAUUCCGCUCGUAAUGUACCUCAAUUGAAGAAUCCUCAUAUGGCACCCCUCAAGAAGUUGCUUCCUACACCACUGUCUAUGUCACAACAGUUGAAAAACUCUUCGUCGAGCAAUUCUUCCGGUAUCACAAGCUCUCACUCAGGGACACCAUGUUUUCCUGGUACAGGUAAACCAAUGGGCCUAUUACCACUGCCCACACAGACAGCACCUCAGGCGACUUCGCUUGCGGGUAGUCGAUUGCCUCUGGGGGUAAAUCCUACCUUGCGCUUGCCCGGUUUAGGUCCGUUUUCCACAUUGUCACAAUUUUCCACUCCUCCUCCACCGUUGGGUGGCACACGAAACGUUCCGCCACCGGCGCACCACCACCAUCAACAACAACAACAGCAGCAACAACAGAACCAGGCCUUUGGAAACGCUUCGGCUCUAGCUGCCUUGGCAGCGGCACUCACGGCUCAGUCGAAAGCUUCUGGUUUAAUAUCUCGCCCAGAGAAUGUGUCUACAUCUAGUGGUCCACUUCAGACUGCAGGCAUCAAUCUGUCUCUGAUUUCCAACGUACUACGGAACGCCAGUGCCGCAUGGAAUCAGGCCAACGCUCAGCUACCAAAUCUGUCUAAUAUCGCUCAACAGGCCGGGUUGCAUACACCAAAUCAACUGCUUAAUAAUCGUCCAGGAGGACUAAACAUGAGACGUUUUCCUCCCUGA